UCUGACGAAGAAAACUUUGGGUAUUUUGGGGAAGAGUUGCACUUUCUUCUGACCGAACCGAGGACUCCGAAAUCCUCUCCACUGUAUUCGCAGAUAAGCCCCCAUUUCCAAGGCUCUGCCGAGAUUUACACCAUUCCUGUCAGGUCGACUGAUAAGCUUGUGCAACACCAGCCAGUGUCAAGAUCCCUGGAUAAAGCCUUCGUGUUAGAGUUUCAUCCCUCUCACUUUGACAACCCUUUUGACCGGACUAGACACUCGAGUAAUCCAUCUGUGCCUAGUUCUUUUACUCCAGAAUCUGAAACUCGUGGAAAACACGCGAGCAAACAUCCUUUGGAGGAUCAGAAUAACAACGAACCAGAACAUCCAAAGAAACACUCACCAUUCAACAUAUUUCACUUCAGUUUCUUCGGCCACAAGCCGGAGAAGUCCCCAAUGAGCAAUGAUCAAGAGCCGCCAAAGUUGACAAAAAAGUCGAGCCCUAGUGAUGAUCACAAAACAAAAACAAGGAAAAAUGCUAACAACAGCAAGUCAUGCCAGAAAGAAUCUCAGAAGGUGGCAGAGAUGUCCUCGGACCAGGGAGGGAAAUCGGUUGGUCAGUUCAGAGGGGCGUUUAAUACUGGUCACAGAUUGGCUCAGAAACCUGAGCAUUUUAUUGAAGAUGUGGUUGAUGAAACAAAGUUCCUUCUGCCGCAGGGAAAAGACUCGACCAAUCUGUCCAGCCUCAGCAUCGGGGGCGACGAUCCUGACUGUGGCAGUGAUUAUUACGAUCAAAAGGAGGUGUCGGGUCAGUCCGAGCCAGCAGCAGAGUACAUGUAUUGCCUUGAUGAGUUGUUAGGCCAGUACCAUCCACAUGAGCUCGACACUGUCUACGAGAGCGAAGAUCAUGACGAGGAUCUCAGUGCAAUUGCCAUGCCACUCAUGGAACAUGAGGGGAUCCACGCCAUGGGCCAUCACAACUCCAUGGACUCGCCGGAUGGCACGGACUUCAGGAAUCGCUCCGGCUCGGCCGGACUGAAGGGCCUGUUCUCGAAGGACAAGCACCGCAAAAAAUCAGGGGACGAUACUGCUAAGGGCACCCACUCGCCCUCAACGUCAUCCAAAAUGAAAAACUUUUUUGAUGCAAUCAGACCUCGCUCAAAAUCUGACCUCUCGGGUGUGAAAAAACCAAACAAGAAAGCUUUGCAAGCUAAACUGGAUGCUUCAAUGGAUGAGUCCCAGCUCGCUAGUGCCUUACAUGUGGAUAACCAUAUUAUCACCACCCCGCCCAUUAUUGUCGAUGAUAAUUAUCCCAUGGCGAGGAUAUUGGGCGAUCAGUUACGGGUGCCGAACUCUCGGCAGAGACACAUGUCCGGGCCGCCAACCGUGGUGGAUCAGUUCAAUAGUCGGUAUCGACCGCGUGCUAACUCCGACUCUAAACAAAGUGUGAAGUCUGGAAAGAAAGUUCUAGUGCACCAGACCAGUAUGAGUCCACCUUCCAGUCCCCAUUUAGUGUCUCCGCUGCGUUCAGCCUCGAUAUCAAAUGAGCCGAAGUCAGCGCCGGCCAACGCCUCCAAGUUGUCCCCCUUUCAGAAUUUUCAGAACGACCACUCUCACGCCAUCAUCUACCGGCCCGACAGCCCGAGUAAUGUCAAGUUUAACCUGGAUGGGGCUAUGGAAACCAUGGAAAUUGAAGACUUGGACGAAAACUGUGAUCAGGUGUUCGCAAAGUUCAUGCGCGCUCACAAAUGCUACGACAUCAUCCCAACUAGUGCCAAGCUGGUGAUCUUUGAUACACAGCUCAAUGUAAAGAAGGCGUUCUUUGCGCUCGUAUACAACGGAGUAAGAGCAGCACCCCUGUGGAGUAGCGCCAAACAGGAUUAUGAAGGGAUGUUGACAAUUACGGACUUCAUUUCAAUCCUUCACAAGUACUAUACCUCUCCUAAUGACCCGAAGUUCCUUACAAAAAUGGAUGAAUUGGAGGAACACAACAUUGAGAAAUGGAGAGAGGUCCUUCGCGACAAGCAGCGGCCGUUCGUGUGCAUUGACCCAGACGCGAGUCUGUUCGAGGCAAUACGCACCCUGAUCCACAGCCACGUGCACCGACUUCCCGUUGUUGACAAGUACACGGGCAACGCCAUCUACAUCCUGACUCACAAGCGGAUAUUGCGCUUCCUAUAUCUUUAUAUCAAUGACUUACCGAAGCCUUCAUUUUGGAACCAGACCAUUAAAGAGCUGGAGAUAGGAACGUACAACAAUGUCAUCACGGCUACACGGGAGACGACGGUGUACGAAGCCCUGAACCUGUUUGUUGAGCACCGGAUAUCAGCCCUGCCGGUUGUGGAUGAUGACAGAAAGGUUGUGGACAUCUAUGCCAAAUUUGACGUGAUUAAUCUGGCUGCUGAAAAGACGUAUAACAACUUGGGCAUCACUAUCCAGCAAGCGUUGCAGCACAGAAAAGGGGCAAGCUGGUUUGAGGGCGUUGUGAAAUGCGUGGAGACGGACUCCCUGAAGAUAGUGGUGGACAAGAUCGUGCGUGCAGAGGUGCACAGGCUCGUGAUUGUUGACGAGGAGGACCACGUAAUAGGCAUCAUCUCCCUCUCCGACCUGCUGAACCACCUCAUACUGAAACCCAUGGGCAGUGAAGUUCCAGAGAAGAAAACCUCCACAUCCUGAAGCCAGACUUUCAACACAAGAUGGAGGUGAUACAUUCAUGAAGGACUGGCCAAUCAAAAAACCAGUUUAACAAUUCCUAAUUUGAAUGGCCAAUCAGAAUAUGUUUAGCAAAGUCCAAAUUAAAUUGGCCAAUCAAAAUUUACUGGCCAAUCAUAAUAAGUUAAACACAUGGUUUUCCAAUCUUUUUCUAUGUGUAGAAAUAUUAUCUUAUUUAAGUGAAACGUGUGGCUACAGGGAUCUAAAUGUUGAAAAUAAGUGAUGAACAGAGUCAUGUUGUGAUUGGCAGAUGUCCACAGAUUGGAUGUUACGUGCAUUUUGAUUGGCCCAUUUGAAAUUGUUGGGAAAUACCUGUGAAAAUGAUUUACAGAUGGCAAAGUGAAAUGUGCUGUGAUGUGAUUGGAUGUUGAAUGUAACAUCUCAACUGAAAAGAGAAAAGACAGAUAAAAACACGCUUGGUUAUGCUAGUUUCUAAACCGUUCAUGUUUUACAUUUACCAUGUUAAUGAACUUUACUUCAUCUUGGUAUUUUGAGACACUUGUUCAAAAUGUAAUGUAUCCAAGCUAACCAGAUUUCAUUUGCCAUAUUGGCUGCUGUUUGCAUUUUGUUUAGCAAGAUCAUCUAUAUCAGUUUAUCCGAGUAAUUGUUUGUACUUUUGUGGAGUGUUUUAUUUUUGUAACUAAGGUUUUGGUGAAUCUUUAAAGGGGUUUUAAGCCAGUAAGUCUGUGCUUAAGCAUCUAUUGAUAUAUUGCUAUAUUUAAAUGUUGGAUUAUGAUAGUUGCCAACCUAAACAAUGUUUUUAUUUCAUUAACAGUUGAUAGAUUUGUAUCUUUAAUGUCUCUCAUGCAUGUGUAUGGCAAUUAUCCACUUCACAAGUGGAUGUCAAUUUAUUGAAGAGUUAAGUAAUCUAGAAGUAUCAAACUGAAUUUGUAUGUGUAUGCCAAUAUCCCCUUCAAAAGUGGAUGUCAAUUUAUGUAAGAGAUUAAGUAAUUUACAACUAAAAAACUGAUUUUUUAUGAUGUGAGGGUUUCAACCUUUACCACUCUGCAUAUAUUGAGUUAGCUUAAUAUCUACAAUCACAUAUUUGUUUUACUAUUAAUACAUUGGAUAAAUAAGACUAAACUAUGUUUAAUUUAGAUACUUAUGUAUUUGUUAACUGGCAUAUUGAAUGGUAAAUAUAAGGCUAUGAACAAUUCAUAUUUUAAACAUAUGUGCUAUUGUACUGGGCAGAAUUCAGGGCUUUUUUUGCUAACAUUAUAGCAGUUAUUGGGUCUUAUAAUUCUCAAUCGCAGAAGUGAUGUUUUACCAUAUCCAAGUGAAAAAAUCCCAAUUCAUCGUUUUACUAAUUUAUGUUCAGUAAUAGACAACAGAAGUCUAGAAAUAAAGAGAUGUGAUGUUGUAAUAUCCAUGUAAGUUUAAUCACCAACAGUGAAAAUUUUAUUUGUCAAACAAUUAUUUUUUUCCCAAAUCAAGAGUAAAUUAAUUGCUAAAUUUAAUGGGUGUAUGCUAAUUGCCAAAUUAAUGAGAUAAAGCCCUGUUUUUUUAGCAUGUUUGAUUCUGAACAUAGGUUGCAUUAUGGCUAACUAAGACUUUGUUGCUCACAGUUUAUUGAAGGCUUUUACAGCAGUGCUAUAAUGGUUACGGCCCUAAUUUGUUGCUGAAUUAUUGUCAGCGUUAUUUAUAAAACAUUGAAUCUAGAUGGGAUCAAAUUGUCUUGCAGUUGUUAACAUUGUCAAAAAUAAAUCAAUGGAGGGUUGAGCUGAACAUAAUAGUGUCUGAUAUAGGAAAGUGAAGCAGAUAUAGCAGUUUUCAUCUUGGUCCUAUAAAUUGUGUACGUUUUUUUUCCAUGAAAAUCAGUGUGGAGGGAGGGUUAAUUAAGUGAACUUUUCUUUCAACAUUGUCAUAAGGAUGUUGUUUUGUUUUGUCAUUCCAUUUAUUACAGUGUUGGAACAGGAGACUGGUAUAAAAUUUCGAAGUUGUUAUGGCACUUUUCCAUAAGUACUGUUCUUGAAAUAAGUGUUUUCUAAGUGAAACGUAAACUUGUUCAAGUAAACAUACAACAUAACUAAUUCUUUAUUUGAAAUCUACCAUAAUAACACAAUAUUUUGCAAAUCAUAGUUUUUUGUUUUCAAAUUUCAUAUUCACAUUUUUAGAUUGAUUGAUGGUUAUUUAAACAGAAUAUGGUCAAAAUAAAUUUUCAUGUUCAUGUCUCUCCCAAAUUAUAACCAAAGAAAUUUAUCUGUGUAUACAAAAAAAGAAUUUGAUGGGGUACCAUUACUUUUUAUAGUCAAGUGUCUAUGUUAAAUUGUUUGUUAUAUACACGCAUUUCAUUAAUUCAUUUAAUUCUGUAACAAAUUAUUACUUUAUCAAAUAUACCUUCCAAAGGAAUGGGCUUCUGUUUGCUCUGGAUUGUUUAAACAUGACUACAAUGGUUGUGUUUGAAAGAAAAACGAAACUAUGGUCUUAUUCUUUAAAAUAAAACGAGUUUUCUGUAGUCUGCAAAUAAAUUAUAAUUUAUGCAGAUUUAUGGAUUUUAAUUUUUGACAGUGAUUGAAAAGGAAGCAUAUUUGUGAUUUUCUGAGGAAUAGUGUCGUGUCUAUUUUGGAUACCUUAUAAAUAGGUGUAAUGGAGACCAAAUCGAUACCUAACCCUAACCCUUUACAGCAAACCUUAGUGGUAUUCAAUGAGGAAUAGUGGUACAUUCAACUAAAUAAGGUUGCAUAUUGCUAACAUUUAGUGCAGUUGUUAAUUUUUGUUAAUAAUAAUGCUGUUUGGCAAAAUAGCCUUUGAACUGUGUUGACACUCUUUUAAUUUCUUGUUCGUUUCAAUUCAAAUUGUUCAAUGUCAAACCAUAAAGUGUGAAACAAUAAAUUCUAGUGGUCCUAGAUGUUUUGUAUUUAGGCACAUGUACGUGAUCAACAUUUGUUAAGCGUUGUGGCAUACUGUAUACAAUUAUUUUGUACCAUUGUAUGUUGACUUUGUUGGGAUCCACUUGAAUGUUUGCACGGUAUUGAUCACCUUAGCAAGAAUUUGUUAUAUUAUAUCAAAAAUAAAGAA